AUGGAAAUCUUGCAAAUGAAACAAAAAAAAAAAAAAAAUCUGAGGUGCGGUGUAAAAAGCCAAGUUGAAAAGGAGCUGGUGGAGUAUCUGGGUGACUCGGAGGAGGAAAAGGAGGAGGAGAACCCAGAGGUGCUGAGGUUGAGGGCCAAGCUCGACAAGCGGGCAGCCAAGAUUCGCCGCCUGAAGGCCGAGAACGAGGGCCUGCUUAAACUAAACCACGAGCUGCUGCUUGCUCUUUGCGCAAAAGUGCUUGGAAAAGCCCUUCCUGAACAAGUGCCAGGGGUCGCUGUAACAGCGGCUGUUCAAGCGGGGAUCUCCGUGCCCAUUGGAGCCUCACCUAGGCGAGUCCCAGCUCCACCUAGGCCAGUCCCAGUGGCACACGCGGCCAAAGAUGGUAAGAAACAUUUAGUAGCGCUUAUCACCAGCAUUGUGCUGUGA